CCCCCUCCGGCAUGCCCGCGCCUUUGCCCCCCACGGAGCUGUACGCCUCGGAGCGGGUCGUCGUGCUGGUCUCCUGCGUGCUUUCCUUCCUGGGCUCCAGCCUCCUGGUUUGCACCCAUGCCCUCUGGCCGGAGCUGCGGACCCGGCCCCGGCAGCUCCUGCUCUACCUGUCGCUGGCGGAUCUCCUCUCAGCCCUCUCUUACUUCUACGGGGUGCUGCAGGACUUCGACAGGACCUCCUGGGACUGCGUGCUCCAGGGUGCCCUCUCCACCUUCUCCAACACCAGCUCCUUCUUCUGGACCAUGGCCAUUGCCCUCUACCUCUAUAUCACCAUCGCGAGGGGCUCGCCCACGGGCACAGGCUUGCUCUGCUGCUUCCACGCCGUGAGCUGGGGCAUCCCCCUUGGCAUUACGGUGGCUGCUGUUGCUCUGAAGAAGAUCGGCUACGAUGCCUCCAAUGUUUCUGUGGGCUGGUGUUGGGUCAACUUGGAUGCAGAGGAUCGGGUCUUGUGGAUGUUGUUAACGGGGAAAGUUUGGGAGAUACUGGCCUAUGUGACUUUGCCGGUGCUCUACCUUCUCAUCAAAAAGCACAUUAAUAGAGCGCACGCAGCGCUCUCAGAGUAUCGCCCCAUUCUCUCAAGAGCACCUGCAUUUCAGCCCCGGAAUUCCAUAGCAGAUAAGAAGUUGAUUCUCAUCCCUGUCAUCUUUAUCAUCCUCCGCAUCUGGAGCACUGUGCGAUUCAUUCUGACCCUCUGUAACUCCCCUGCAGUGCAAAAUUCAGUCCUGGUUGUCCUGCAUGGAAUUGGUAACACGUUCCAAGGAGGUGCCAACUGUAUUAUGUUUGUCCUCUGUACACGGGUGGUCCGGACUCGGCUGUUUUCUUCCAUUUGCUGUUGCCACUACGAUGAGAUGGAUUGGCCUUUGCGAAGAUCGAACAGCUCCUGGCCACACCCAGAACCCCACAAGAACAUGGAUGUGCCAGGCCCUGAGCGGACGAAACCCCUGCUUUCCAGCACCUGAGCCUGGGCUGCCUACACCUCGGUGUUGAUUUCUUCUUUCUUGGUAAAGAUACAGUGUGAGUCUUUCCUCCUGCCCUGCCUGUGCACAGCUUCACAAUGUGAGGGGUGGGAACCACUGUCAGUGAGCACUUGGCAGAGAGGUAGGU